GCUAUGGCAGGGCAGUCGGGUUCAAAAAGUAUCUAGAUGAGUGCAUUUUUCGUAAGCUAUUAUGGAUUUAUGUCUUAAGGGCUCGCAGAUAAACCUCGCCACACGACAGAAAACGAAGCCCAAGUAUACCACUCGCUCGCUGACGACUCUCCACAAUCCGUGUCCCCAUUUCCGGCCCCGCUCAGCGAACUUCCUGCAGCAGCGUAGUCGUUCCUCGCCUUUCCUGGGACGACCUCAGUCCGCGGAUCCCAAGUUCGGUCGCCGACAGAGCAGCUACUUUGGCGACAAGGAGCUCCGGCACAGCGGCAAGAGACAAGUCUCGUCCAACGACCUGCUUAAGUCUCUGCUAGAGGAGCCCAUCAAGCGGAGCUGGCUGUGCCGCAGCACCUGCAACUCUUCCGAGUCGGACUACUCGCUGCACAAACGCACCCCCGACAGCAGCGAGGAGGGGGAGCAGCAGCUGGAGCGUUUCCUGGUCACCAUGCCAGGCAGUGACAAGGGUAAAUCCUCGUACAGUUCCUAUUCGGGCCAGCAGCAGGGUCUAAGUAAUGGGGCUCUGCUUCAGCGUACUGCCAAGCCAGAUCUUCCUGGAAGAGUUUCCUUCAGCAAGCCGAAUAUGCACACCGACUUGGACUCCAGUGACUGCGAUAAUGACAAGCAGGAGGCGCGUCCUAGCAUCUCUGCUCCGGGACCUCUAACUCUUCCCAGUUUCCUGAGCAAACAGACGGAACCAACUGAUCCGGCUGGCCAGAAGAAAUCCGUCCACUUUGGCUCCACUGCCGCCGAGGGAGAGGUGCUGGCGGAGACCUACGAGUAUCCCAAGUGCCCCUCUGAGAACUGCACUUGCAGCACUCGAUCCUCUUCCACCACGAGCACCAACGAAGCCUCAACGGCUGAGCUCAAGUGUGCCUGUGAUGCUCCUAGCUGUCGCUUUGCGGAGGUAACUUCUCAUCUGGAAGCUCCUCUUCCACUUCCUACUCCCAGUCUACAAAAGACUCCCACGCCAGAGCUAAAUGUGAUCAGGGAGUACAAGCAGGCAGUGGGCAGUGUCCAGGUGGUGAAGAAUCACUUGGGACCCGAACCCCUCAACAACAUUGAGCCACUCCCAGAAUAUAUGGGCAAGUACAGCUCUCCGACUAAGGAGAAGCAAAACAACCUAUCCGAGACCAAGAAUCUGGUCUCCUCCUCCUCCACAAGUACUUCUGCUAAUAACAGUGGUACUUCCUACCGAGCAACUCCCAAUCCAAGGAACUUUGGUGCCGAAAACAAUUUCCUGCCCGCCGUGCAGGAGGAUCGGCGAUCCUUCGGUACCACCAGCUCCGACUCGGUCAUCAAUAACUACCUCAAGGUGGCCUCGGCGCCUCCUUUCGUGGGCAAGAAAAAGGAGAACGUGAAGCCGGCCAGUGCGGAUCCCAUAGCCCGGAACAGCAAGUCGAAGGAGACGACAAAAACGACAGUCAAUACGGUGACACCUUCUCAGGGCAAGCUGAAGAAGGCCAUCAGUGUGGGCAGCCUACGGGGGGAGCGUAAGCUUUCCGAAUACAAUCUGGACAAGGUGGACAGCUGGAUGAGCAUGCAGGAGCAGAAGCAGUUCGAGCAGAAGAACAAGCCGGGACUGGAGGACUUGGACGAGGCCCAGGACAAUGACAGUGCUUCCCAGAUCUCCCUGAAGUCGAACGAAGAUUCCAGGGACUCUACAUACGAUGAGAUUGUGUCCGUCAUCAAGGAAAUUGAGGAGGACAAGAAGAGGGACAACUUUUCCGAGCGUCUUCCCAGUGAACUUAACCUGAAGUUGGAUUCGCGUUGUGAGACCGCCGAAACGGUGACCCUCAGCGAGGGAGCAGUUCCGGAGAGCGGAGAUAAAUACAAAGACAUUUUGGCCUAUCUGAAUAAUGUGGAGAGCAGCUGCGAUAAAACCCUGAUGGAAACACGUCGUUCCAUCCCGGAGAGCACUAGAUCCGAAGUGGAGUUCGUGGUGGAACCCGAUGUCACCGAUGAGGUGCCCAAAUUAUCCGAACUGCUCAUGGUGCCCAAUCACCAGCUGGCCCGUAGGGUCAUUGCUCUAAGCCUGCGGGCCAAUGAGCUGGCCAACGCCAUCCACAUGUCCAAGGAGCAUGUCCUGCAGCUGCGUGGCGAAAAGCAGAAGAGCCUGCGUGCCGAGAAGUCUAGUGGUGCGGCCAAGCUGCGUGACCAGAAGAAACACUACGAGGAGGUGGUGACCCGUCAUCAGGGUUUCAUUGAGCAGCUGCUCAAAGACAAAGGCUCCCUCUGCGAGAAGGUGGCUGCCCUUACCCGUCGCCUGGAGAGCCAGAAUCAGGCCUGGGAGCACCGCCUGGAAACGGAGUUGGCCAAGACCAAGGAGACCACAAUGGCGGGCGAGAAAAUCCGACGAGAGCGUUGGGUGCGCGAGAAUACCAAGAAGAUCAAGGAGCUCACGGUGAAGGGCUUAGAGGCAGAGAUCAACAAGAUGACUUGCGACCACCAGCGACAGGUCACCGAGCUGAAGCGCGCUCACCAGAUGCAGUUGCUCGAUGCUCUAGAAGAGGCACGUACCAAGCACGAACAGAUCGAGACGAGCAUCCGCGAGAGCUGCGCCCAGGAUCGGGAGGCCGUUAUCGAGAAGGAGCGAACAGCCAUCCGUGAGAGAUUUGAGCGUCAACUGGAGGAGGAGCAGCGCGCCCAGGCCGAGCAGCGCCAGAAACUGGUCGAGGAGUUUGCCGCUGAGCGGGAGCGCCUGCAGGCAGAGCUCCGACAGCGGGAGUCUGAUCAUCAGGUGCGCCGCCAGGAGGCGUUGCGGGAACAGGAGCAGGAACUGGAGCAGGCCAAGUUUGAGAUGCAGGAGCGCAUGGCCAAGCAGGAGGAGAAGUAUCAGAACCGCAUCAACACCAUCGAGCAGCAGUACCAGGCUGACUUUGAGCUCUGGAAGGCGGAGCACGAGAACAAGGCCAAGCUGGCCCAGGCAGAGAAGGAGAAUGCCAUUCGGCAGCACUAUCGGGCGGAGAGGGAUCGCCAGCUGGACGAGCUGGUGGUACGCAUGGAGGCUGAUGCACUGCAACAUGGCGAGGAGCAUGAGCAGAAGAUGGCUCGCCUCAAGGAGAAGUACGAGAAGGAUCUGGCACUGGCCGAGAGUGUGGAGAAGUCCUUGCGGGAGAAAUAUGCAGAGACGCGAGGCAAACUGGCGGAGGCGGAUGCCCAAGUUCGAAACAGUCAAGCUGAGGUGCAGCAGCUUCAGCUGGAGCUGGGUCAUAGCAAGAAGAUGUGCGGCGACAUCAUCAGCGAGCGGGACAGACUCCGAGACAACCUCAACGCGGACAUCCAGGGCGAACUAGCCGUGCUGACCGAGCGGCACAAGCAGGAGAUGGAUCAGCUUCAGAAGCGUGUCCAUCAUACCAUCCAGCGGCAGGAGGAGACCAUUGAGAUUCUGAAGGGCGACAACGAUGCCCUGAGGCAGCAGUGCCUCAAACUGAACGCGGUUAUACGACAGCAGCGCAAAGAUUACUGCGUAAAAUAA